AUGAACUAUGGAAACUCUCUUAAAACUUAAAUUACUUUUAUUCCUAUCAAAUUAUCAUUAGAUUUAGGAGUAGAAGCAGAAGUUUUCUUAAAUUUUAUUUGUGGAUCACAUUCUCUGACAACUUAAAAUGGAUGUUUAUUUUAAUAAAGAGAAUGUAAUUUUGAUUAUCAGUAGUUAAAAAUCGUAACAACAAUGAAUAUAAAGAAGGGUAAAUUUCAAGAAAAGAAAGUAUAUCCAUAUAUAUAAUAAGGCAAAAGUCCGUGUUAUACUUUAGUAUAAAAAUAGCUACAAGAAAGCAGGAAAAAUAAACUUUGAUAUUAGUGAAUAUAUGAAUUAGCAAAUGUAAUAGAUUUAAGAUGAAAAAUUACUCAUAGAUUGUCCUGAUUCAUCUGCAACCCUCAUGUUUUAGCUUAAAUUUAAAUAGGCAGUUUUGAACAAAAGCAAACUGUACCCUGAUAUCCAAUAAAAAUUAAUGGAACCUGAAUCAUUAAUUAAAUCUAACAUCAUUAAAAUACCAAAUAUUAUUGAAGUUGACAAAUGCAAUAAUUGUUUAAAAUUAUAAGAAUAAAUAAAGGAAUUAAAAACUUAACUUUAAUCAAAUUCUUAAAGGAGUACACUAUCAUAGAGAGAUAGCAUUUAGAUUAGCAAAUUAUAGAUGUUAGAAAAUGAGAUUAAAUGUUAAUAUCAAAUAGAAAGGGAACUUAAAAUAUUCAUAGAUAGUUUAGGUAAUAUUUAAUUUUAUUUAUUAGAGUAGGAAUUAUUAAAAUAAAAACGAAUAGUAGCAUAGAUUAUGUAAGAAUGUCUUUAAAUGGGAGAUCCUAAAUUGAUUGAAUUAGUAGAGAACGUAAUUUAAUAAUAAUAAUGA